AAGGGGGCCGGGUGUGUGUGUGUGCAUUAGGAAGGCAAGCGGCUGGCUGCUCAUUGCUUUCACAUGGCAUGAGGAGAGCUGGACAAGCUGCAGCAUAGGAGUAAUGCUGAGCGAGUGAGGCUUUUAUAAACGGGGCCAAGUGAUCGGGGGAUGCUGCGCUUUUUUCUGGAGUUUAUUCUGACCUUGAUAUCUUUUAGGACUAUCCCUUAGAUCCAUGAAGGAUAGUAACUCGAGCCUGAUGUCUGGAAUGGACGCCAGUCAGAGUGUGAAGUGUAAGAUUGUAGUGAUUGGGGACAGUCAGUGCGGCAAAACAGCACUGCUCCAUGUCUUCGCCAAAGACUGCUUUCCAGAGAACUACGUUCCGACAGUAUUUGAGAACUAUACAGCCAGCUUUGAGAUCGAUUCCCAAAGGAUUGAGCUCAGUUUGUGGGACACGUCAGGGUCACCGUACUACGACAAUGUACGUCCACUGUCUUACCCUGACUCGGAUGCAGUCCUCAUCUGUUUUGACAUCAGCCGACCCGAAACCCUAGACAGCGUGCUAAAGAAGUGGAAAGGAGAGAUCCAAGAAUUUUGCCCCAAUACCAAGAUGCUGUUAGUAGGAUGCAAGUCAGACCUGCGCACAGAUCUCAGUACCUUGGUGGAACUUUCAAAUCACAGGCAAACACCCGUAUCAUAUGAUCAGGGAUCAAACAUGGCCAAGCAAAUCUCGGCUCCCUACAUUGAGUGCUCUGCACUGCAGUCAGAGAACAGCGUGAGGGACAUUUUCCAUGUUGCCACCUUAGCCUGUGUUAACAAGAACAACAAGAACAUGAAACGCCAGAAGUCCUCCAGAGCCACCAAGAGGACCUCACACAUGCCCAGUAGACCCUAUUUGGAGUCGGUAACCUCGGACAUGCGUAAAGAUAAAGCCAAGAGCUGCACAGUUAUGUAAAGGAUCUGGAGAACAUGGAACGGGAGUCGAAGCAAGGGCAAAGAGAAGGCACAAGAUAUCGGUACAGUUACUCAUAUGAAGCAGUGAGGGAUGUUGAAUGAUGUCUUUGCACUUUAUGUCCUUCUGUGUCAAUCCAUUCUGCUCCACCUGAAAUAAGCUAACCAAAAACAAAUGGUGCUGCAGAAGAAAAGCACCAGAUGUUGGAAAGACAUCCAUGCUAAUUCAAAAGAAUUCCACUUCUUGGAAAUUUGGAAGGAAUUGCUGAUUAUGAAGCAUAUGUUUGACAUGAAUUUUUGACAAACUUUGAAAUACAGGUCAAGGAAGGUUAUGAUAGAUGCUGAUUGUGUUGCAUUUUUUGUCCUUAAAAGGAAUGAAAAUGUUUGAAGGAAAGCCACAUUCAUGAAGUUAAUGAGCUGCUGAGGAGUUUUCCCACAGAAGACAAAACCAAGGCACUUAACAGAGAAAAUCAUGUGACAAACACUGUGGAGAAACCUGGCAUUUUUUUUGGUUAUCUUUCCAUUUUUCCAUCUUCUUGCCUUGAUGAUUUGUUCAGAUGAGAACUGGAUGUGUGUCUGUCAAAGUCUCAAUACUUGUAGGUCUGGAACGAUCAGGAGACUGCCUGAGUUUUCCAACAGUUGUAUCUUUGUGGUGAUGCUAACCUCAGAACAUUAGUGCUUAUGUUUCUCUUUCUUUUUAGAAAAAGCCAAAGAAGUGUCAAAGUCAAGCUUGUGUGUCAUAGUGCCAGGGUUUCUUGUUUAGACUGUUAUGCUUUAUGUGCAGUCUUAAGUGUUUGAUAUAUUGUUGGUGGUAGUUCUGACUUGGCUUGAUGAGCAUAUCUCCAUGAGUGACUGGGUCUUGUGGAACCAACCUUAGUACUGUGUCCAACUCCAGUGCCUCCAUGUGUUUGUGUGUUGGUGUACCCAAGCUUUUCAUAGCCUGGGUUUUCAGUAUUGCUUGAGAGCCUUUUUAAUACCUCUGCCUAAUCCAUCAGCAUUUGGAAUUUCCUGUAAGAGAAUCAUCUCAGCUAUGCAAUAUGCUGACUUUGGCCUGUUUUGGCAAUUUGAAAAAUGGCUGGCCUGGAGAAAUCUGUAUAUCCUCUUUGAAGAAACCUACUAGACUUGCCCUUAUUUUAUUUAUUAUUUUUUUACAUGCCCUGUUUAUUCCGCUGUGGUAAAAAAAAAAAAAAAGAAAAAUCUCUGUAGUGUCAGGGGAAUGGAAUAUUCAAGUACAGCUUUAGUCCACAUUAAAAGCAAAGCUCAUGCCGCCUCAAGCACUAGUAAACCCAGCAUCAAACUGGAACACAACCUGGCUAAUGGAUUAAAUAACCUUCAUGAAUAACCUUCAUAAUUUCCUGAAUUUGUGAGGAUGCUGGACUUUGUUUGUUACACUCUGUUCAGAUUGGUGCCUCACAGCUCUCCUAGGCAUGUUUAUUCAGCUUGCAGGUUUAUGCCAUGAUUUACAAUAUCCAGUGUUAGCUGUAGCGUGUCAGCUUUUUAAAUUUUGAAUGUUGAAAUCCAUUUGUAUGUCUGUAUGAUAUGUU